UAAGGUGCAUCAGUGUGCAGCCAACUAUGUUGGGGUGUGGACCACAGUUAUUUAGGCCAAUACCUUUUUUAAAAAGAAUCUGUAUUUCACGCAAGACUAUUGAUCAUCACAGUUUCUUUCAAAUAUUGAAACAGAAUGUCUAAUCCCAUGGUGAUUCCAUUUUAACUCAGUUAUUCUACGCCACAUUCCCUAAUUUAUCUCUCUUCUUCUCCUUCUUUUUAUUAUAAUUAUCAUUAUUUGUUCUUUUGACAGUGAAAAAUGACCUCAGUGUCUCUAUUGUCCGAGCUUCCCUUCUUUCCCGGCUGAAAGAGCUGCAGAGUGUUUGGAUGAAGUUGAACUUUUGGCCACACCCACCCAGUGACGUAUCUCCAGGUGUUCCGGCAUCAACAGCUGAUGGGACGCGCCACCAGCCAGGUGUUGUGUGGGUAUUUGGGCUCGGCUGCGGGACUUUGGGCAGUUUCCAGGCACAGAGAGAGCGGUGCAGUGUUCCCACCGUGUAACAUCUGAGUGGGCUCUUUAAGAGCAGAGCCUCUCUGCAUCUGCUGAUCUGUCAGUCGGCGCGGUGCCUCCCUCCCCGCACAUCCUACUGCACCUCAAACAGACGCCCGGCUUCACUGGGACUCGGUCAGCGUGCGUGCACCUGAAGCGGUCAGCGCAUCGGGCGUUAUGGAUAAUCGAUGAUCGGAACUUAGAAGACAAUGCGCGGGGCAUCCCGUCGUCCUCGCCAUCCCGGGCUGUGCAGGUGCAAGAGAAGGUACCCAGUGUGAGAGCUGCUGCUGCUGCUGGUUUUGUUGGAGAGAGACGCGGCCACGCGUUAUCGCCGCCGGAUCCCAUCAUACAUGUUUUAUGUGCAGGCUACAGACAUGGCAUUUUCUAAUGCUCAGGGAUGGGCGGCUUCUCCUGGCGCAGCCCUUCAAAACUAGUCUCCGCAUUUGCUGUGUUUGCGGUCCGGCCGGUUGAGCCGGUUGAGCGUUUAGAGGAAGCAGCAGCAGUUUGACCAAGAGAGCAGCCUGCGAAGCCGAGCAUGUCCUCCGGGCUGGGAGAGCUGCCCAUGGAGAGCUGGAUGUCUCACCUGCCCUGCGCUCUGUGGGACACCCCCCUGUACCACCUGGCCAUCCCGGGCAGCCACAACGCAAUGACCUACUGUCUGGAUAUGAACGACAGAUCCCCCGUUGACCUCACGCAGCCUGACAUGCUUCAAAAGCUCGACAAAUACAUGAAGCCCCUCAUUCGGCCCUUUGUGUACAAGUGGGCGAUAACCCAGGAGUACACCAUUAAGCAGCAGCUGGACUGUGGGGUCAGAUACUGCGACCUGAGGAUCGCACACAGGCCCAACGACAGCUCCACUGAUCUGUACUUUUACCACGGGGUUUACACCACUCUCACUGUGCAGACUGUUCUAACGGAGAUCAGAGAGUGGCUGGAUGCUCAUCCUAAAGAGGUGGUCAUCCUCUCCUUCAGCCAUUUCCUCGGCCUGAGCCAGGAGCUCCACAUGCUGCUGAUAACAAGCAUACGCAACGUAUUCACCUCCAAACUCUGCCCCAAAACGGAGGUGUUAACUCUCAGACAACUGUGGGCCUUAGGCUACCAAGUGAUUGUGUCCUAUGAACACAACAUUGCCAGCAGCUACAGCGAACUGUGGCCACAUAUUCCUUACUGGUGGGCCAACAAAUGCAAAGCCGAGGCCCUUAUCGAGGAGUUUGAACACAAGAAACAACGCGGCAGACCGGGAGGUUUCUUCGUCACAGGGAUCAAUCUGACGGAGGACCUGAAGUACAUCUGCACACAUCCAACAGAGUCCCUGAAGGACUUGGUGACAUCCACGUAUCCCACGCUGCUCAGCUGGGUCAGAGACCAGAUUCCCGGCUCCAGAAUCGAAUCUCUAAACAUCAUCGCCGGGGACUUUAUCACAGAGAGCCACUUUGUACCGACUGUCGUCACCCUGAACGAGAAGCUAUUGAAAUGGUCUUCAUGAUUUCACGCCAAUAAGCAUUAUUUCUUUUAAAAAAAGGUGAAGUUAUUCUCAGCAUGAAUUACACAUACGCUCGUUUUCUGACAGAAAAAAAAUAAGUACUUGAAUAAUUUAAACGUAAAUAUAAAUGCACUUGCUGGUGGCGGUGACAGGUGCAUUUUAGUCUCGAAGCUGCUUGAGAACCGAGUUUUUGAUCAUGUGACCUCCACUCUGGUUGUUUACUUUCUGUUCACUAUUUAUGCAACCAAGUGUAUGAGUUUUCACAAGUCGGCGAGGUGGCCACUUUCACCGUCCGCUGACCAAAGCAAUAAUGAUACGACUAAUCUCACCUCAACGUAGGCAUUUUAGAUAAGUAAGCACAACAUAAGCACAACGUAUCCGAUGAGCACAUGUCAUGUAGGACGCAAACUUUCGUAAAAAGGCGCAGAAGUGUAUCACCUGCACUACACGUAUUUAACCUUAGAGAAUGUAGAUGAGACUUUAUGCAAAACGCAUGGGAAACCUAUUUGCAUGCAUCCAGCCUUGACUGUUCUUCUUAAAAGUUGACUUUAGCCAGUAGGGUAGGCCUUGACUUAAAACAAUGCUGCACCGCUGUGCCUGUGGAGAUACGCUUUUUCAAUAAACAUGAGCAUUUUUAAACAAACCAUCUCGUUUUAUUCAGUCGCUGUUAAGGUGUUAAAAACCCGAUGAAGGAAAAGCAGCUUGUGAGGUUUUUCCCUCCCAAUACAUCUGUUGCGAGUGUCAGUCUGAACCGAGCAAGGCGUUUGUUUCAUUUACACAAAGAAAAAGCACGUGUUCUGGGUUUUUACCCACUGAGGGUCAAACCGUGGGGUUCCCAAAGGGCCACAAAGGGGGAAAAAAUCUUUUGUUUUCUCUCGCAGCAUGUGUUUCCUUUUCUGUCUUUUCAUUCCCUCACAACUGUUUGCAUCGACUGUGUGAAAUUACCACUAACCUGACGUGACAUUAGUUCAGUUUUAGUUUGAUGGGCAAUUAAAUGAAGAGAGGGCUUCCCCUUUAUUUACUAGAUAUUUAUUCAUUGUUGGGUUAUAAAGGAAAAUGAUCUACUCAUUAAAUAAUACAUUUGAUAUCAAGAUGCAAUUUAAUGAGAAUAAGUUGUACAAUUUAGUAUAUGCAAUAUGAAAACAGUGAUAAUACUGGCCAUGGAAAUGGAGGCCAAAUGUGAUAAAUAAACAAUGUUUUAUCUCAUCUCGUCUUUUGAUUAGGUCCAGGUUUUAUUGGAUUUUUUUCUGUUUUGUGAUCGAUGCUUUUUAAAAGCUCUGCCCCGUAGUGUAGCUCUGACUGGCUGGUGCUUCCCCUCUGCUGUAAGUACAGUGUGUACACAAAAUAAAUAAUUCAUUUCGUUUCA